GUCAAAGUAGAUAAAAGUUGGGACAGACCACAGUAGUUCCAGUUUUGUUCCUGUCCCCUUCCAGUUUGAUGUCACUGUUACUGAGAAGAGAAUUGUCGAGCUAAAGAAAAUGGGGAUGGAAUUCUUAAAAUCUCGCCUUCGUGCAAUAGUCUAUGCACCUGGGACAACCCCGAUCGACUGGAGGCUCUUUUCUAUUCUUUUCCUUUCAAUGGUGCGUAGGUUUAUUUCACGAUCUUUCAAUUUUUUUUUUCUCUAUUAUAGUUUGACUCUCCUCUCAAAAAUAGUUAGUGUUAGUCUAAUAGUAUGACUAAAAUCGUUUUUUGCGUAAAAAAAGUCUCGAAGAAAUCCGUUUUACAUCGCGAUCGCACAGAUAUUUGGCCAUUGUGCGUGAAGUGAUAGUUUCCGGGGCGUUACAAAUCGAUAAUUUCGAUACUCGAUAAAAUCGAUUGUAAUCGAUAAUUUUCGAUACUAAUUACUUGAUUAAUAUCGAAAAUCGAUAGAAAUCGAUAGCGGAGGUUUUUGUGAUUAUCGAUUUUGAUCGAUUUUAUCGAUUUCUGUAAUUAUAGUUCGAUUUUAAUCGAUUUCUAUCGAUUUCUAUCAAAAAUAUCGAUUUCGUCAAUGGAACUCAGACAAAGAAGAAGACAGAGCUUAAAAGCAAGGAACAAAAGGCAAAUGGAUAUCGUAAGGCCAAAAAACGGGAAAUAGUACCCGUUCUUGAUAUUUCCUGUCAAGGAAACGACGAUAAAAGACUGAAAGCAGUUAAAAGACCGGUAUAGGCAGUUAAGGACGGACGAGACGUAAAGUUAACCCUAGCCGGUCUUAAACCGCAUGCGGUUUGUCGGUGGCUUCAACGUACUGUACUCUGGAGUUAACACAUACGCUUUCUUUAUCCCACACCUUGAGUCGAUAAUAUAAAAUACCUUUAAUCAGCCUUAAUGUACUGUAAACAAACUACAAAGGUUUUUAAAACUGUAAUAAUAAUGCACUUGUCGCUAGACUCAAAAAUUGAAACAUGCUCAACGAUAACGAGAGAAAAAAAACGCAAAAACGAUGCUCGUUCAGUUUUAGGUAAACCAACUUUGUUACGCGUAGACGAGUAAAUAGAGACCUUUAGAUUGGACUACGAGUACGAGAUUGAGUACGAGUACGAGUUUUCAAACCAAAUUCGUCCGCAUCAUAUAACUACUUAUCACACCAAUAUUAUCCCUAACGUUUAUUUGUGUGUUAGUCAGCAACAGGAAAGAGUUAUAGUUCGGGGGAUACAAUUAUAUCGAAAUUCCAAAGUCGUACUCGUACUCAAUUUCGUACUCGUAGUCAAAUCUAAAGGUCGCUAAUAAGUAACAACUGUUUCACCAAGUAUUUGUUGUAAAUUAACUUGAGCGAACAGCCAAGAAGAUAACACCUCCAUCCACACGCGACGUAAAUGAAUCAAGUGAGCAAAAAAGGUCAUUACACAUGAAUGACACAACAAAAGGCAAUAGACCGCGAGAAUAAAAGUUACAAUUUGUACGAAAAGAAUGCAUUGCAAAUAUGCUCCAACAAUUUCCAAGAGAAACAAUAGGUGAGAAAGGAUCUGGAGAAGUUUCUCUUUUCUCUCAUCGUAAUAGUAUAAGCAAGCUAUGUUAUUAUUCAAAGUUAAGCAGGCUUUGAAUUUUCUGCUCUUCUUCUUUCCAAUAUAUCUUGAGGUUGAGUGAGUUUCUCCUUCCUGUAAGUUCUCACGAGCUUGACGGACUUUUGCUAUAAGUUCUGGUUUUUUUUCGUUGGAUCUAUAGGUCACAUUUAGACUGUCUAACACCUCUUUGAGAAGGAAGACAGUCAUGUCUUCUGGUGGCCCCAUUUUACGUUUCUCCUUUUCUAACUCUUUCAGUUUCUCCUCCUUCCUCCGAGACUCUUCUUCUUCCUCUUCCAGCUUUGGCAGUAGAAUUUCCAUCGCCUCCGCGUCUACUUUCAAAGGCCACUUUCUUUCCCCUUGGAGGUUUCCGAAAGUUAGCAAAUGUGUUUUGCAUUCACUCCACAUUAUUUCUUUUGUGGGUGAUAACAACCACUUGCUAUUUUCCUUUUUAAGAUCGAAAGAACUUGAAAGCAAACUGAUAUUUUUUUUCUUUCGAGUCGUUUCCUUUCUUCCACUCAAAGACAGGAACAGGGGAUUUAGAAAACGUGUCACGCACCAGCCGCAAUACCAAACCGCAUCUCAUACCGAGACGUGGGACCCAGAAUGCCGCUAUAUCCUCAAAAUAUAGUCCGUUUUCUGAUCUAGUUGGUGCUACGAGCCUUUCUACCCGUUCGUAGAAAUCAUUCCUUGAGACAGCCAUCCAUCUAGCCAUUCUAGAAGUAGAUGGCUUAUACACUUUUCCCUGCUGAAGAGACAAAAAUUCCGCAAUGUGAUAAAAUUCUCCAUCAUACUCAACAUAGUUGGGUGGAACUGAACAUUGUGAAGCUGCUGAUGUUUUCUCCCCGUAAUUAAAUCUCCUUCGUCUCUUCAAGUGGAACGUGCCUUCAUUCUGCUCGUCUUCCUCCAUCAUGGAAAUAUCUGACGCCGUCGCAGCAACUAGGUCCUUAUAUUGUUCCAUCCCUUUUACGUUCCCAUGCGAUGUACAAACAAAGGCAUACGUUUCUCUCUCUGAGUCUGUACAGAAUUUGAGAUUUAAGCAUGAUUCGUGGAACCAGUUGUCGCACCCUGGAUAAUCACAACCAAUCCAGUGAGUCGUCUUUGGAGCUUUAAAGGCAGGAUUUGCGUAUUUACAGGUACCCUUCUGGAAAAGAUGGCAAUGCCUUGGGUCAUCAUCGUCAUCGACAUCACCAUUUUCCUCUCCUCCUUCUUCUCGGUCAAAUGCAUUUGACCUUGGGAUGGAGGACGCUGCCAGAUCAGAUAGCGCAAAGGAAUAGCAAUGUUCGUUAGUCUCAGCAGCAGAACAUAGAACAUCGUUUUCCACGUCUAGCAAUUCUUCUACGGUUAUAGUGUCACUUUCAUCAGGACCGUCACGUAUAUCAGCUAAGGCUUCUAUUCCUGGGUUGAUAUACAGUAUGUCCCCUGAAUCAUCUAAUCUUAAUAUGUUACCAGCAGCUAAAAGUGGCAGCAUGCCUAGUCCCUCGAUGGUUUUCAGAACUUCUUUUUCUGCCUCCUUGAUGCCGCUCAAGAUUUCAUCUUCCACAAACUCUGGCCAAGAUGUGCGAGAAACAACUGGAGGCUCCUUAAGUUUCAGCUCAUCGAGUUUUGCUAUUCUGCCGCAAAUGUCGAGCAUGUCCAGCAUACAAAAAUUUGUUUUCCCUUUACAAAACCCACGACAGCGUGCAAAAAGUCUUUCACAACUGUCAGAACCAAACGUAGAGGGAUUAAAAGAUUGAUCGGGGAAGUACUCCGAAAAUAAUUUUCUCGACAAUAUAAGCGAGUGUCCCGCAAGCACUAUAUCGUUGUACGUUUGUAAGGAUAUAAAAGAGGACUCUAUUGGAUAAUUUGACAUCUCUACCCAAGCUUUCCAUAAUCUGACAAAGCAAACUGAAGACCAAGCAAGCUUUGACCGUUCUUUCACAGUGAGAUUUUCAUCUGUAUAUGCACGUAGCAUGUUAUGUCCUACUUUAAGGUAAACUCGAAUUGCUUGACUGCGGUCCUUAUUCCACUCGCUCAAGCAUUCUCGGACUUCAGGUUGCAAAAUUCGUAGCGCUGCAGCCACGUUCUGUUUGUCCCUGACGAAAAUGUCACUUUUCCAUAAUCCACUUUUUAAUUUGUUCGCCUCAUACAACCUCAUUAGAUCUUCAAUCAUGACAAACGAAUCUCCUAGAACCAGGACGCGACGCACGUUUAGAAUCUGGUUUCUCCAUUUUUAAUUAGGUGCUUCCAGUCAGGAAACAUAACAGUAGGAAUUCUCAGGCCAUGAACAUUCUUGACCACAGAAACAAAACUGAACCCCUUGUGAGAUACCGAAAUCACUUCAUCUACCAUGCCAUGCCUUUUACUAAACUCAUCAAGAAAGUAUCUUCUAAAUUUAGAGUCUCCAUCCGCACCUAUUCCGAGAAUCUGCAUAUUAUGUUGAGCACCCCAGUUUAAUGCGUCCACGAACCAAUUCCUCACUGAAGCCCAGUCUUGCCCCUUAACUACUGGUGAAAUUGCAAGGGUAAAACUAGGAACGUGCUCUUGCAGAGGAGUCAACACAAACGCAUUAGCUUGCCGCGCCUUUUCCUUACUUUGGUCAUUUGUCACCUCGAUAAUAUCUUGUGCAGUACGUACAAAAUGUCCUCUUCAGAUGCAAUUCCUACGAUUCGAUUGCCUCUUACUCUAAGGCAUGGUGAAAUUGCAGUAGCAUCUAUGGCCAGGACAAAUGGUCCCGUAUAACCAACACGUUGAUAGAAUGAGGCCGCUAUUCCAAACUGAUCUUCUGUUAGUUUAGUUGCAAUAGGAACCUUGCGUCGGGCUGUUGCAUAAGCAGUCUGCAGACUCGGCCCGCCAAUUUUUUCCCUGAUUAUCUUUAGCAAGGCCGGUCCUCCAUAAUCUAGAAUAAUUGCGAACAAGGACUUUGUGUCGUCAUUCCAGCAUUUUUUCUCAUUUAUGUUGUGCGCAAGAAGAUCGGACACAAUCGAAAUGAAUUCAGUAUUUUUUUGGUCUUUCCUUUCUACUACUGCAGCCAGCUGAAGCGCGAUUUCUGGCAGCUGCUGUUUUAGACAUUUGCUUUUCAGAUCAUGCUGUAAUGCGCAAAUGACAUCUUCUUUUACCGAUAACUGUAGUCUAAGUUCAGCAAUUUUUUUUCGAUACAAUUCUGAUAAUGAAGCUUUCUCCGCUAUAUGUUGAAUACAAGAGGUGGCAAUGUCUAAACGGCUCUUUUUAAAAUUUUCCUCUGAUGCUCCUAACAGACACUGGAACCGGAAGGAGUCCCUGACCCUCUGGGUAUUGUCUCUACUUUCCAUUAACAUAUUUGAGAUUUCCCUCUCCAUAUGCGACUUUUUUGGACUUUGGACAAAUCGGAGGAAUGUAAUAAUUUUUCAGUCUCUAUCCUAGCCUCUGAAAGCCGGUUCAUGUAUACAAAUUUUUCGUUGUAUACGAUCUCUUCAACUGAAACGCGUUGUUUUGAGUUGUCUUGCUGAUCCCGCAAAGGAGAUUCUGUCAUCAUCAUUUCACUCAGCCUCUGUCCGAACGCCCUGUUCAUUUCUCGGUGUGUAUUUGCAACUGCCUGUGAAAAUAGAAAUCAAUUAAACAUUGGGUCAGAUGACUUGAGUUGGAAAACCCUUAAAACAUCGCUUAAAAAGACGCGGAAUCAAAACAAUGAAAAAAAGGGAAAAAAGAACCCACGCUGUAUACCUUUUCUCUUUGUGCAUAAGACACCAUUUCUGCAACCAUGACUGUUUUGGCACUUGCGCUCCGAGAUGUUGAUGGGCUGGGGGAAGACUUCUGUUUGGCGGUUCCAAAAUAACUCGUCAGCAGUUUAUUUCCUGUAAGAAAGAUGUUCGUGCGUGUGUGUUAAAUACGCUACGGUGUAUACAGCCCGCCCCUCACAGCAUAAUAUCGCUGAGCAGAUUCGUUGGUUAAGUAUUAAAAAAAAACAUAUUAAAAUAAACUGAAUGAUCACUCAAUAGAUCAACUACUCUUUUAAAGGAAAACAGCAGAGAGUUGUCAAAUAUUCGAAUAAUAUAGGUUUUUCUUACAAUAGUGAUAUAUUUGAACUAAUACAACUUUUUUUUUAGUAUAUUUCCUGUUCUGUUUUAUUGAGUAAAUUAAAUUAUAUUUUAUUUUUCCUGGACUUAUUUAGAUUCUGAAAACUUCUUUUUCUUCGUGUUUAGUAUCAAGAAUAGAUCGGAUUCAAACUGACCAAACGCGGGAAUCAACUGCCAGAUUCUCUCCCCAGUAUCUUUUUUCACACGUUCACUGACUGCCGGUGUUUGUGCUAAUUCGUGUCACACGUUCACUGACUGCCGGUGUUUGUGCCAAUUCGUGUCUCAGGUGUGUUAACGUUUGUUUUCUCUCGGUUUUCUUGAUCUUUGUUGAAACUGGUUCAACCAUGGAAGAUAAAGAAUACGUUGAAGUGUCAGUCAAGAUAGCAGAAAAAGAACUGCCUGAUUUGAAGAAAUUUGUUGAAGAGCGUUGCGGAGAGAUUAAAGUAAUGGAAAAUGCGGUGAAUGGUACCAAUGGUACGCAGUGUUGUUUGUUUAUUUCACUCAUGAAUGUUAUGUGUUUUGAGAUGUUUUUAAGCCUCCUCCAUUAUAGUUUAAACUGCAAAAUUUAGAUUUAGACCUUGUGGAACUGACACUGAAUUUUAGGAGCGAUUUAAGACAAGAAUGGUCUUAACCUUUUCCACACAGGAAAAAGCACGUGUAAUGAAGCGACAGAAGCUACCGAAGCUACAAACGCUCAAACGCAAGUCGUGGAGAUUACAGACGAAGCAGAUCAAGAAGCCGGUGCAGCUAAGAAGAAUACGGAAGAUGUCAUUCUUUUACCGAGGGAAAUCGCUUCAAAAGUUUCGAGAUGGCUCCUCACAAAAGGGGUUUCCCAAACAUUCUUUGCUAAAAGGGUAGUGAAUAGGUCCCAAGGUUCUUUCUCAGACUACAUCACAAAAGCGCCAAACGAGCUGCCAAAAACACAUGGCCGGGCAAUAUGGGUAACCUUGAACGCUUUUCUAAACGACCCCAAACAGCAAGCCGCAUUGAUCGAUGAAUACAAGAAAGGUAAAUAUCUAUUUAUAGUUGUUGUAUUUACAUUCUUUUUAUAAUAAAGUGAAAUAUCAUUGCUCGUCACCUUCUUGGUGACAAUAUUUAUAGCAUGACACCUUUACCACCGCUGACGGUUAGGCUCGACCACUGUAAGUCAUUGAAUGACAAAAGGUUAGUAUAGGGUUUCUUGACUAAAUUAAUUUUUGCUUUAAAUUAUUUUAGUGUCAAAAUCACGGAGGAAAGAAAUUGAUGAAAGUGACAAGCCUCCAAAAAGGCGGUUAAACGAUACAGCGACCUCGAAUUAUCCACGCUAGAUUCCGUCUUCAAGUCAUCGAACGGAUUGCCUGAAAGAAGCGUACUAGAGCGAACGGCCAAGUUACUAAAACUAGAAGAGCGACAGGUAAGCCUAGAAUAUUUCUUUUGCAACAAAUUGGUAAACGAUCAAAUCAAACUGAAAACUUCGAUCAAUUCGUUGCUAAACUUUACAGCUGAGUUGUCGAUUUGACAUCUUUGUUUAGCCUUACCUUUAGGUUUACUUGACAAAACAUUAUUGUCGUCGUCCAAAUACCAUCCAGCUUUUAUUUUGUGUGACUCUUCCUUGCUAUGGCGCUUCACCAGCCACAUCGUUUUAGCGCUAUCUCCAUAGGUUAAAGUCAAGCCACAUGAAUUACAAGUAAUCGAGUUCUUGAAAUCACUGUCGGAUGUCAGGGGCCGAAAAUCACGUUUCUGUAAUUCUUGGUUCACCUGAUGUAUGUCUUUAUGAGGGGCACUGUCGGUAACUUCGAAAAGAUAUAUGCUUAAAAUAAUGCAUGAGAAAAAGGAAAUAUAAUGCGCCAUAGCACCGAUCUGCUUGUACAAGAGACUAAUCUCGACUAAUGCAUGGUUCCACGUGGACACAGUAGGAGUUAAGUUCAUGCGGUAUUCUUGCGCGCGGGCUCGUUGCAAUUACAAAAUGAGUUGCGUUGGUGCUAGGAAUAGACGCUGAAUAGAAAGUAUCCAGGUAGCCUUCAUGGAGAGUUGACCAAACAUUUAUUUACUUAUUUAUUUCAUUUAUAUUUUGUGACUUCCAGGUGAGCGUAUGGUUUAACAAUCAUCGCAGGAAACAAAAGCAGGGAACUUACAAGCCGGGGCAGUAUACGCAGAAUCAGGGGGAAGCAGUGACGAUUCGGGAGCUACUCCACAGUGACAUGUGACCAGUGACUUGUUUUAUCUGGUUUUAUUUAGUUUGUAACCUGGUACACGUGAAUUAUGAAAAAAUAAAGUAAUUUUAACUGAUUUCAUAUAGAAAACCACAAACUUGUCUGUUUAUUUUGUGCUAUCGUCCAUCGCAUCCAUCAACCCUGUUGGAAUAAGGAAUAACACUGAGCAUUAAUAAGAGGAUUAAUUGUACAGUGUGCUGUUAUCGCACUGCGAAUGAAGUGGGUUCGUGGUCUGGGAAGUUUUCUUGUUCACGUGUUCACUCUUAAUCACGUGACCUUUCACCAUCAUCUGCUAUCACAUACCACGCGUACUACCCACAAACCUUAAACCGGAAACCUGGAAAUCCAAUGUUUAUCCGCUGAUUAACUCACCAAAGCCGAUUUAUGUUAAAUAUCAGCCAUAGAACGCACAGAAAGCAACAUUCAGCUUAUGCAGAAAUGAAAUUCAUUCCAAGAUUGACUCAAUUCAACAUGGUUUUUGUUGUAGCAGUACGCCACGUUUACCAGCGUAAACAAUUCCACUGGUGUUCUUACGCCGCUUACACAGUGUGCUGUCGUUUUCGUCCGAGCUACGAGUCUAAAAACUCAGAAAAAUUGCUUCAAAUGCGAAUGAGUUAUCUGGUUAUCACAGAUUAUCGCCAAGACUGGAAGAGGUUUUGACGUUCAGUUUUCGGUAAGAAAGAAAAAAGUUCCUUGAUUCUAAAUUGACUUGAUAUAAUUUUUUUUUCAAUGUCCUCAAUCGACCGGAUAAAUCGAUAAAAUCGAUAAUCUCGGUCUAAGUCUUGUGAUUAUCGAUUUCUAUCGAUUAUUUUAGCUAAUCGAUUAACAAUUAUCGAGUAUUAUCGAGUAAUAUCGAGUAAUCGAUUAGUUUUCGAUGAUCGAUUUCUAUCGAUUUGUAACGCCCUGUAGUUUCUCGUGGAUAAAGAAGAUAUAGCAACACAGUACCUACACAGAGGCCACAGCUUAAAGGGGACUUUAAAAUAAUGAAAACUUAUUUUCUGCGAUUCAAACUAAACCUUGCAUUAACGGGUUUGUAAAAUGUUGUGAGCGCCUGUGUUACCUAAAGUAAAGUCUUCUGAAAGCUGCCAUUUUGGUUUAGGCGCGAAUGAGAAGUCAAAGGGGGUUUGGGAGAAGGUGGGGAAGGUAACAUACUGCUGGGCUUAAUUCUUUAGGACAUUAGAGAUUAUCUUGGCUCGCCCAUUUUUUUUAGAGUUGCUCCUUUGCCUUACAAAAUAAUCUCCUUCCUUAUUACCGUAUUUUGUACAUCGUUGGGAUUGGACUUGUAAACCGAGGAUUUGUGGAUCACGGACUUGUGAAAUGCCAUAUUACCCCUUUUCUGUGUACAGUUAUGGCUACCCUAGCCUGCUAGCGCAGACAACUUUUUGACUCUUGUUUCUUGGCGGGUAAAUAUAAGCCAAAAAAGGUGUCUGCUCUCACAGGCUAUGGCUGCCCAGUUUCCAGCCAAAUAUGUGGCUUCCCUUUUUUAUUUAUUGGACUCUUUGGGUUGUUGUGAAAUGAUUACUGUAAAUCCUCUAUUAAGUCCCCCCAAGGGGCUUGUUUAUUUCAAGCCCAUUUGAGAGGGGGGUGGUGGGGGGCUUAUUUAAUUUAGAAAUGACAAUGGUAUCAGUUCUCCAUAAAGAACUAGAAUACAAAGUUGAAAAGCUUAAGUACAAGAAGUUUUAGGUCAUGCAGUGGAAGAUCAAAAUCAAAUUCAAACUUCCAGUCAGUAAAUGAACCAUCCUGGAUCAGUCUACACGAAGGCUUACAGUCAUGAUUGAUUUAUACAGUCUAUCAUUUAUUAGUGAAGAAUAAAAUAGGGGAGGGGAGGGGGGCUUAAUAGAGAGGGGUGGCUUAUUAGCUUUCUUCCCUUAAAAGGUAGGGACUCAUUAGAGGGAGAGGGCUUAAUAGAGGAUUUACAAUAUAAUGCUUAAAGGGAAACAAACAAUCCAACAACAAAAUUGCAGGUUUUGGCAGGCUUGAAAGUCAAGACUGACAAGAACAAAAAAUCAGCCUUGAGGCGGGUGAUACUUCAGUUCCAAAAAUUUGAGUUUUACAAUUAUCAAAACCAACAUUUCAAAAUUCCAACUGAAUUCAAUGACAAAGAACCACUAUGGAAAUCACAGGGUUAAGUCUAGUAGCAGGAGAAACAUAACUUUAUGGGAGAAUAUUUUCGAAGAGGUUACAUGUCUGAAUGAAAAAUAGUCAUAGGUUACUGAGCAUUAGCUGGAGAAAAUGGAGAAUUCUCCAAUCUCUGAUGCCUAAUGAAGACCCUGAAAUCAUGAUUUAUCUAUUUAUUUAUUAUUUAGAGGGGUUUUUGGUUAAAGCCAUCAUACUCUUACCUUGCUAGCAGAGAUUUCUUUCUGACAUUGUUUCAUUCAUGUCCCUGACAUUUGCAUGGCUGGCUUAGAGUUUUAAAUAAGCCAACUACUCAAAUAUCAGUGAUGUAAAUGACUUCACAAAUGCUAAAAACCAUGCUGAAAACAUAUCUCUGCUUGCAGGGUAUCCCACUGCUCCCAUAUUGAUGGAAAAUUUGGCAUUAUACAACCUUGACCUACCCGAUGCUUUUAGAGUACCUCUAAAGACUUCCGUAUGGUACAGUUCUGUAUAGCUCCUAUAUUAUAUGACACAUACAUUUACAAACAGCACUGCAUGAUCUUCCCCUGCAUUAUUGACCUUGCCUUGCUAGUUGGUACCUGUAUUAAGGUAAACAAAAACAAAACCCAUUGCAUCGUAUUGUUUGUUGUGUGUUUUUUGAUGAUUACAAUUUUAUUUGCAUUAUUUCCUUUGUAGUUGUGCCUUUCACUCUCCAUCACAAUGCUAUUUCCAUUUCUCCCUGCUAUGGUGAAGGUAAGUAAUGUCCUUUUUCACUGUCUAAACUAAUACAUAUUUUAUAAUGCCUGGCACAAACUAGUCUAAUUGUUGCAGCUGUACAAAACCCUUCAUAUAUACUCAUUGUAACCAUAGUUACUAACAUGCAUGUCUGUUGAAUCAGUGGGGUACCCAACCAAAAUACAUAUAAAAAAACAAGUCAAGAAUCUGUUAUCCUUCUAGACUAUUAUUAUGUUUUCUUGAACCAGGAUAUAGUCGGUGGAAAAAUAAUGUUGAGGCACUGUCAUCACAUGAGUUACAUGUGUAUUUCAGAAAAAAAAGAAGAAUCUGGCCACUCUCUGCCCUCCAACCACAUAAUUUGCACCCAUCCACAAGAAAACUACCAUAAAAUCAUCCUCAAAUAAAACUGAUGCAACUAGGUGGCUAAUGUGCAAAUAAAUUUAAAGACAACAGUACUACUUCUUUUGCAUUAAUCUAUAUCAACUUUAGGAACAAUACAUUGACUUUUAUUCACUGAUUUUUUUGUCAGAGUUUUGGGAUAUCUGAUGAAGAGGCAGGUUAGCAUUAAAGAACAUUAUCAUUAAAUGCAAUAUUUAACAAAUGUAUAAAUUUGUAAGUGCAAUAUUGAAACACUGAAAUAUAUGUAGCAAGAGUUUCAGCCAAAACUGCUGGAAGAACAUUUGCAAUUAAAAUGUUGAGUAACUAUUUGGAGCAUUUACAGUGCUUCUAAAACUAAAGAGUACCUAUUAAAAGAAUAUCAUGAUUGGCAAUUGGCUUUGUUUUAAGAAUGAAGCAAACAUGGAAAUUACAUGGCCUGAAAACUCACAUAGGUGGUGUGUUCUACCUCAAAGCAAUUCAGUUUUGGGAUUCCAAAACAAUUUCACCCCAAAGUUUGCAAAAAAAAAUUACCACCCAGCAUGCAAAGAAAGUCGUGUCUGAUAGCCUGGGGAUUUUGCUAUCAGGCUAGUGAUUUUUGUUCCUAAUUUGCCCAACGGGCGAGUGCUGUUUUUUUGGGAAAUCCAAAUUACAGAAGGAUUGUAAUCAAUAUGCUGCUAAUCAAAAAGGGUUUUGGGGCUAGUUGAAAUGACUUGUGGGCUAGUACAUGCUAGCUACAGCUUGCCCGAAUGGCAGGCUGUAAAACUGACUUUCUUUACACCCUGCCACCACUAAAAUCGUAUUAUUUCAUAUUAUUGCCAAGUGAUAUUGGUAGUUCAAUACAAAAUUUUGUAGCCAUCAUGUUAAACCAAAAAGUUACAACAAAAAGUUUCUCAUAGCUCAAUGCGCAGUCAGUAUCAAUGAUGGAGCCACCUUUAAUAACUUUCUCUUCUUUAUCACCAGGUUACUAUGCAGGUCUUGUGGCAUCCUCCAUGUUUAUUGGGCGUGUUGUAACUUGGUUUGUAAAAUUCUUUGUACAAAUAUCACUGAUUGCAUUUAAAGGUGACAAUAUCACAAAAACAAACAAACAUUUUUAAGUGUCAGACAUUAUUGAAGAGAUUUGGAUUUUUCAAACUUUGCAUCUAAACUGUCAAACAAGCUUGAGUUAACUAAACAGAUACAUACUAAAAAAACAGGUUAUUAUUUUUUAAAUGCGUCCUCAUAUCUAUACACUCUGACAUUCUUUUACAUUGAAUUUUCUUGCUUAUCUCUCAAACAAAAGAUAGAAAUAUUAUUAGGUGGUGAGUAGUCCCAAAGUUUGGAUUUUUUAUGAACACAACCUUCCCCAAAUAAUAAAUAUUACUGCAAUUUGAUUUUCAAAAGCAAAGUUUCAUCUACCUCCACUACAGGAAUAUGCAGUUAAAUUUGUUUCAUUUCAUAUAUAUUUUCAAAAAGCUUAAUAUUUCAGACACUAAUUUUUACCUCCCUCUAUGCCAAUUUUAGCUACUUUUGGGGAUGGCUCGCAGACAAAAUUGGUAGACGACCUGUGCUGUUACUUUCUCUUGCAUUACUCACUGCAAGUAUGGUUGCCUUUGGAUUGUCGACCUCACUAUAUAUGGCCAUCUUCACACGGUUUUUUGCAGGGAUAUCCAAUGGUAUUUAUUUAAAAAAUAAUAAUAAAUUUGUCUAAAAUGUUUGCACAUGCAUACUAGUGAAAAGACUACAGUGAAGACUACAGUAAAAUGUAUAUUGUCACAAUUUCCUGGCUUUUAAUUUUCAUGUUAGAAGCAGCAUUUGUGGUUCAAAUAAUUAUAUUCUCUUGAGACAAGAGUCUCAUCUCUCAAAGAAUCGCUGGAGCAGCAUUUUGGAAUGAAUGGCAAGCAAAGAAAUUCAACCCAAUUUGCAAAAUGGCCAAUGAGAACUCUGUGAUUGCCAAGUCAAUAAUGGCCUGCUAGUUUCACUAUAAAACAAUGGAAAGGUGCAAUAAAUGGAAAAAUUCCUUUGGUGCUUGGCCAUCUUAAAAAAUAUGACCUUGCAGGCCACACUUGGUCAUCAUUUUUGAGGAGGCCUCUGAGCUCAGGGGUUAUCCUACAAACGUGACAUUUGCAUAAAAUAUGUAUUGUAUUUUAUGCAAGCAUGGAAUUUAAGAGUAGUGCUAUUCAAAUAUUUUGACGAACUAUGUACAAAACAUACGAUUGCAGGAGACUAGACAAAAGACAUCACUAUUAUUCUAUAGUACAAAAUAUAAUUUCCUCAAUAAUCAAUAUAUUAGUCAACUUGAUGUGGAGAGCUCAUCUGCACUAAAUGAACAUGUGUGGUUUUUUUUUUUGAGAAAUGUAUAGAAUCAUGCAUUUUGGCCUUUAGCAUUCUGUGUUUAAUAUUAAAACAAUCACAAACAGAAAUAAAGAUCACUUCUAAGAAUAGCCUGGUUACAUUAACAAAUGUAUCAGAUCACAUUUUUGAUGUGUCAUUGUCUACCCAUAAUCUAUUUUCUUAGAAAUCAAGAUUCCCAACAUCUUGUUAAUAGGCUGAUCUAGCAACAGGAUGGGAACGUCAGUUGAUGACGAGAAAGCGCGCGGAAAAGACUAAACACGACUUCUGGUGCUCAAUUUGCUGCUCUGCCAUUGGUCAAGCCAGUUGUUUGAUUUGCACGCACCGUUGUCAACUGAUGUUCCCGUUCUGUUGCUAAAUCAGCCUAAUAUUAAAAGAACAACAACAACACAAUGAUUCCUUCAUUGAUCUGUGUUGAUAUUAAAUGCAUGCAUUUACGCAAGUUCUACUUGAAACUUGAUAGUCUAACACAUUCUUAUGAUAAAAAUGGUACUCUUUGUUCAAGGUUUAAUUGGAACAGUUAAAGCAAUUGCUUCAGAAGUUUGCGAUAACACUAACCAGGUAGAUUCCGACAAAUUUUCCAAAUCUUGAACCUAUUUCAAAGCAAGACAUGCCAUUUUCCAUACCCAUUUUCAGACCUGUACUCGGUUUGCCAACCCAUUAUCUUGUCCAUUUAGUAUAAGUCAACAUACUUUUCAAGCUGUUUUUUUUUUUUUAUAGUAGUAUUUGAACUGAAUGUUCUUAUUCAUUCGGAGGUGAAAAGUCAAAUAAGUUUAUGUGCCCUCAUGGUUUCCUUGAAAACCAUACUCUCUUGAAUUCAGAAUCUAUAUAUACCCCUUUUCAGCCCAAAACUGCUCAAAAUCCAUGAGUGGCACAUACCUAUAAUGCAUAUAGCAGAGUGUUUCCGCCCUCCAGGGAUAAAGUGCGACACAUAUUAGAAAAACAUUUGUUUUUCAUUUAUGCAUAUUUUACUAAAAAAAAAGAGAAAAAAGAUAAGAGAGCCUCAGGAUGAGAAGGUAGAAGAUUAGACUUAAUGUGUUCAGGAUGCAGGGAGAUGAGUUUCAACCAAGGAAGCAUUUCAUGGAUGGAAAAAGGCAAAAACAUUUUUUACUGCAACAUGGUAUUGACAUAGACAACUUUUGUCUUAAUUUUGAAAGUCAAAAAAACUGAGAAAGUUGUGCUGUGUUUCAUUCUUUCAGGCAAUAGGGAUAUCAGUAGUAAUUACUGCUUGGAAUAUGGGUUUUAUUGUUGGCCCAGCUGUAGGAGGUUAGUAUGAUGAUUAUAUACAGUAAGUAAGCCGAGAAGGCAAAUAAUAAGCCUGUGAGCAGUCUAUUGUUUUACCUCUUUCACCCAGUUAAAGGGUAAAGGAAAACACUCAUAUAUCAUUAAUUUGCAUUGCAUUUUUCAAUAAUUCAUUACAGGAUAUCUGGCAGAACCAGCAGAGAAGUACCCAAAUGUGUUUCCUAAAGGUACAAUUUUCUAUGGACACAAUAAUUUGGUUAAAAAAUUGUGUGCAAAAGUAUACAUGUAUUUGUUACAAUAAUUCAAAUUCCUCAUGAAUAACAAGCCAAUAUUUUUCAGCCUCUCAUCUAUUCUGCUGCAUUCAUUUUGGUAGAUUUAUUUGUGCUGAUAUCUAUUUGAGAUAAGAAGACACUAAUUUUCUACUUAUGAGAAAUAGGCAGAAAUAAAUCUGUAACAUAAUUAUGGAGAAAACAGCUUUUAAGGCGGCUUGUUCUAGACCAUGAAAUGACCUUUCCACAAAUUAAUAUUAUUUCAUGACCUAUAGCACAUACCUAGUUUCCUUAAUGCUUUGUAAAUAAUCAUUUUUCAUCUCAUUUUUGUCCUGACAUUAAUUUAUUAAUCUUGCUUCUUUAAAUACAUAUGUAGGUUCCUUUUUUGAUCAAUUUGCCUUCUUCCUGCCCUGUCUGUUCAACUGUGUGUUCCUACUUAUUACAUUUUUGCUGGGUUAUUUCUACUUACAAGAGACUCUUGUCAAAAGGUAAAUAGUAAAUAUAUUGACAAUUAUACUGAAAGGAAAUGAGGCAGUGUAAAAUGCAGACUGUGGACCAACUACGGACUAUUGUUUUUAGGGUUAUAAAACAAUGGGACUAUUGUUGUCACGCACUCAUUUGCAUGGUGAAAACAAUAGUCCGUAGUCUGCGUUUUACACUGGCCAGAAAGGAAAUAUGUGAAAUGACACUGUCACUGAUACUGUCUGCUAUUUUGCCUUAAUUCCAAAAGAAUUUAAUAUCAAAGAGUGUAGAUACUCUUUUAAACUUGGGAUAAUACACUUAUUUUAAUAAAAGAGAAAAAGAAUUUCCUUUGCAGCCAAAAUUACAAAUGAGGGAGAGAGGUGAAAUCAGACAUCAGCACAUAGUCAAUAGGUCAAGUAACCUAUCUCUCAAAAGACGAACACCUUCCAAAACGGACUUUGAAGAGUUGGUUCCUGUUGUUCUUCAGUCAUUUUCAUUUUCUUAGUGGACGUCAGUCUUAAAGACGGACAUUCAGUAGUGCUCCCAAAUGGUGUCUAUCUAAGGGAGAGUUGACUGCAUAGGUAAUUGCUAUGGUUUGCGGCAACUUCAGUUCAUCUCUAAUCUCAACCCACCCACCUGGCCAAGCCAAUGACAGUAUCAAUUGGAUAUGCCAAGGAAGGAAAUUGUGACUGGAGUAGGGUGAUCUCAAUAUCUAGGUGUUUUUACUGAAAUAGUUAGUAGCAUUUUACUACCAAACAAAACAACAAAGUAACUUAACUCUUGAUUUGUCCUUUCAAUGCAGAGACACUACAACAGUUGCAAGCGAACCAGGUGAAUUACCCAUGCAAAGCACAGUUUCCUUAGAGGGUCAAGAUGAUUCCAAUGAGCAAAGAUUACUGGAGGACUCUGAGAAAUGUAGUACACAAGUAACCAGUUCACAAGAAAACAGAGAAGUUGAGAUAUUUAUCAGUGAUGCCAGCAAUAGUGAAAGACAAAAAGGAGAAAGUUGCUUUAGUGGUUGCCAGCAUAACAGAUGCUGUAGAAUUUUCCAUAACAGCAAUCUUGGAAUUUUGCUCAGGUAAGGUACAUUGUAACUAGCAUUCACAUCCUUUCCUUUCUGGAAAAUUAUCCACAAACCUAUAUGGUUGUAAAGGACAAACCCAAUUGCACAAUCCUGAAACUUUAAAAUUAUGAAACAAGACCACCAUAGUCCUUCUAACUAUCCAAGUAAAUGUGUUUCUAUUUCAUGGGGCAAUCUACAAAUAGUAUUAUUCCUUUCUUGAAAAGAAAGCCUUUCAACAUGUAGGGAGAGAAUUGCAGCAAGUUGAGGCUUUUCCCGUGGGUAACAUGGAAGGGCAGUGUUUCUGCAGCUUCCGCACAGGCUACGUGUAACUUCAUCAUCAAAUACUGUAUUUAGAUAAUCAUUCAGCAUAGAUAUAGGGUCAAUAGCUCCUUGCUUUGCUGUCCGCUAGAUGACUUGAAAUGACCCGUCCACUCCCCGCAAAAAUUGAAGGCCUUUUUGAAGGAGGAAUGGGACAUGCAAAGCCUUCUGGGAGAUUUGUCCAAUAUAGAUAUAACCCAUUGUUUGAUUGGGCAUUGCCCUCACAGGCAACCCAAUUAAAAUAUCAAGUAAGAGGACAUUUUGGCACAAAGGCCUUUAAUAUUAUUUUUAUUAUGUUGUUAUUUUCAGAAAUCGCAACAUUCUUCAUACCAUUGGUGUCUAUGGCGUAUAUUCAGCUGUAAUUAUUGGAUAUGAUGAGCUGUUUUCACUUUGGGCUGCCACUCAAUCAAAGCACGGUGAGAAACAGAGGCAUAAAAAGCCAUUUACUACAAAUUUGGCCAGUCAAGUGUGAUAGCUUAUAAACACUCUUGUUUUUUUUAUUUUUAUUUUUUUAUGAAGAACUGAUAAUCAUCAUCAUUAUCAUUGUCAUCGUCAUCCUCACCAUCAUUAUCAUCAAUAAUUGAAGUUAUGGCAUUUUUUACCAACAUAACAGUACUGUUGACUCCUAGUAAUGAAUUAAAUAUUUUAUUAUCAGAAAGAUAUUUUUGUACCUUGACUCACUGAGAGUAGCCUAUUAUUUAGGUGAGGAAGCAGUAUAAACUAAGAAAAGCAUGCUUUGCAAGACUUAAUGGCACAUCAUAAAUAAGCUAAUUAUGCCAAAUCCUGCUGUGAAACCUAGAACACUAGUUUAAUGUAUUUUUACAGCUAGUACCUGUAUACUUCAUUUUCAACAGGUGGACUUGGAUUUUCCACCGACCAAAUAGGCACUGUAUUACUGUGUGUUGCAGCCCCAGUUGUUGUUCUUCAACUCUGGCUGUUUCCUAAGGUACAUGAUUGUAUAGUAUAAAAAUUAAUACAAAGUCCACUGAAGCCAUCUUCAAAGCCAGUUGUCAAAUUUAUCAUUGGCAGUCAAACAGGAGACAAGUUGUUAAUAGGAGAGCUAAAGAUUCUGAGAAUGCUAUGAAGACACUUAUAAUGAAGACAGUGUCCAUUGCCAGUACUUCAACAGCUGCAUGUUAAAAACAACUUGUAAGAGUACAUUUUGUACGGUCCUUGCUAAGGGGUUGGGCAGCCAAAUAUGAACAGAUGUUAGGAGAGGAAGUUUAAUCUGACCUCUAAGUAUCAGCUGCAGAAUGCCAAAUUUUAUGAUUUUUGAAGAGGAAACAGACUGGUAGUUUACCUCCAAACCAAUGAGUAUACAGUAUGUCUAAAGUUAGCCACAAACUAGGGGAAGGAAUGGCAUCAGGGUUCACUUUUAAAAUAUGAGUCAAUAAGCCUUAUUCUCUACAAACAUUAAGGUAAACAAGAGUUUAGUAGCAGGGGGGAGGCUUAUUCAUAAAGGGGCUUUUAAUUUAGAGUAGUUGUGUUUGAUUUUUUUCCAGUUUGAAAGAAGACUUGGAGCAAAAAGGGUGAGACUGAAUUAACGUCAGUAUUUAAUAAUAAUUAAAAAAUAAUGAUGGUGAUGGUGAUGGUGAUGGUGAUGAUGAUGAUGACCACGACAAUAUGCACCAGUAAAACUCAAAGAACUGGAGAAAAUAGAGAAGUAUAAAUUUCUUUGAGAAGAAUAGGAAAGUCGCGGAAGUUGAAGAGAGUGUUGAUUGUGCCAGUUGGGAUUGGGGCAUUGGGAGCUGUAUCCGAUAUGUUUGAGAAAUACAUGGGAAAGCUUAACCAUCAGACUUGAAGUGAUCCAGAAAGCGGCACUGUCAGGAACAGCUGAACCAUUACGGAAAGUUUUGUCUAUUUAGAUACUCAAACAUAAGGACUUCUUUGGGGCCUCCUUGCUCCCAAGGGUAACUGACCAGGCAAUGUAAACCUUUUAAGCCUGAGAUUCCAUAAUGUAAUAAUAAUAAUAAUAAUAAUAAUGGUUCAUUUAACAGAUCAACAGGGUGGUUCUUCCCUGUUAAAUUACAUUUAAUAUUUGCAAUUAAAAAACAAAUUAAAUUAGAUUACUUACAAGUUAAAAAUAAGAGUGAUGUAUACAAAAAGUAUAAGUAUAACUAACAGAUUUGAAGUUACGGUAAAAUUAACUAAUCACUCUGUACCCUAUUACCUAAAAUUUUUACAGUUUCUGAUAAAUUCUGGUUAAUUGUUAAAUAGCUUCAACGCAUUAGCUUGGAAAGUGACGUUUUUGGUUGGGACCGCUGAUCUAAUGGAAUUGCAUGAGCGCAGUUCCUUGCAACUUUCCUGUUUUGUUGUUUUUAUAUAAUCUGGCCAAGUCUCAGUGUUAUGCAAAGCUUUAACGCAUGAUUUCAGGAGGUUGAAUGCCUUCUCUCACUGAUUGGAAGCCAUCUGAUUUUAAGUACAUCCCAAAAGUUCUUAACAUAUUGACCGUGUACAAACCUUGCAGCAGCAAAUUCAAUUUGUUGCAAAAGGCUUAGUAAGAAUUGUGGAAGAGAGUAUCAAACCAUGCUUUUUAAGCUCAUAUUUGGCGAGAUAUUUCAGUUUUCUUAGUAUCGAUAGAGGGGCAUAUCAUCCAGAUAAUGGCCGGUGCUUGAUAUGAUCGUCCCACUUAAGAUGUUCAUUGACAUGAACUCCUAACAGUUUGCAAGAUUUAAUACAUUCUGGUUUAUAACCACUGAGUGAGAUGUUAUUUAGGAUCAUACUCGUCAAGAUGUACUCUGGAAAUGUCCAUCCUGGGUGGAUAACCUUGGUUUUGUGUCAUUGUUAAAGGCGAGGUUACUCUAUUUAGACCAGACACUUAGCUUAUUAAUUGAUUGGGAGAUAGUGUUUCUACAGUUAUUUAGGUCUGAUAUUUUAGCAUGGUCAUUUUAAGAUCAUUGAGUAAUCUGCAUUCUGGAAGCAUUUGACAUCUAAGUUUUCCUGAAAAUCAGCAACAUAUAUAUUGAAUAACACUGGAACUAAAAUGGAGCCUUGUGGAACCCAAAAAUUCACAUUUGUAACGUCUGAAUGCUUGUCAUAAACUCCUCUGAUUUUGUAUACUAUUUCAAGCUGGUGCCGUUAUUGGGUCAGUUGUAUGGAGGAACACACUAACACACUGACAUGACAGUCCUGGGUCACUCCUGGAGUGAGCUAAGCUACAAGUGACCUGGACUGUUCAAGUGUCACCCCAGGGACACAUGUUGUUUCUGGGGUAAUCAAAAUAUGUGAUUGUCAUUAAUAAUUUUCCAUUGCAGGUCUUCCAAUUUUCAAGCAUAGUUGUAGGAAUUACAAUAUUCUCUGUUUGUUGGACAAACACUUAUCAUGACAGGUAAAGUGUUUUAUCGAUUGAGAUUUUUUACACUUUCUCUAAAUGCUUGUAACACUGGUUUUGGUUCAUUCUUGUAUUUUUUAGUCUUGGUAGUUAUUGUUUUUUCCCUUUUAAUUUAUGCCCCAAAGCCAGUGGCUUUCCAUUGAUCUCACCUUUCAAUGCAAACUCUACUCCUUUUUACUAUAAAGUGGGAAGGUGUGUGAGAUUGUUUUCCCCUGUAAUAUGGUGAAGGGAAACAGGGCUCAAAGUUAGCGACUAAUAUUUACUGGUCGCAUAUGCUACUAGAUUUUUGGUUGUGCGCCUAACAAUUCAUGUUUAAUCGCACCUGUGGGCCAUAAAACCCAAAGCACAGUGUGACUGACUUACUUCCGACUAUACUUACGAACUCAAACUAGAAAGGUGGUGUAUGUUUAAUUGGUCUUUUCUCCCAAUGGAUUCUACGAACUCGAAUGUUCUUUUUCGUUUCCAUGUUUUACUCCAUCCCAGACUCUUCUGUUUUGUAACAAACACUGCUGACACAUGCAUAUAUAUGCUGCAAACGAAACACACACUUUCCGGGCAAUGGACGAUCAUGUCAAACGUUCAGUUUUAACGUCAAUCAAAACAAAAACAGUGCAGAUUAAGAGCCUUUUUUCCAGGUAAAAAGUUUUUUCAGUUAUAUCCCAGUUACAUGUUAGUCAUUGCACGUUUAACAAAUUCGUUAAAGAUUAAUUUUCAUUCUCGUUUGACAUACUCAUUGUUGUCAGUUUUGAAUUUUUUUUUCAAGUGUAAGUUUUCUUCAGUUACAACUAUACUGUCAAAAAGAGAAAUUAGUAGUAAAAAAUCACAACAGUAUUACUGCGUAGCAAAUCGGCUGUGUUUUAUCAAUCACAGGACUGAAGUUAAAGUAACAAACUGAAGAUGACAAGUAAACGUGGCACUGUUAAGCUUUUUACUUUUUCUUUUGAAAUAGAUGCUCCCAACAUUAUAAGCUGUGCUCCUAAAAUUUUCAGAUGUGUGCCUAAAAUUUCGGCAGUGCGCCUAAAAAUUUACAUUUGGUAGCACAAGUGCUCCCGAACUCAAAUUUAAACUUUGAGCCCUGGGAAACCCCCAUAACUUCAGUCACCUCUAGACAACAUUGAGAGUCAUUGUAGAGAAGUCAGAACAAACAAAAGCAGUUGUUGCCCAAUCCUUAACCCUUUAGCCCCAAUAUCAAUAUAAAAAUUCUCCAAACAGAUCUCAGUUCAAUUGGGGGCAGCGUAGUCCCACAAGCAUUAUAUAUAAUAGUGCUAUAAAUACUGCCAAGUGUAAGCAAGUCGUUAUUAUUAUUAUUAUUAUUAAUAAAUUGUCAUUACCUUAAAGGGGGUUGAGAUAACUUUUGAUGACAGAUCUAAGCAUCUUCCCUUUGGUUACCAUUUUUUCAACUCUCAUAACCUUUUCUAUUGAUGAUGUACAGUCAAACCUCCUUAAUAUCCGAACAUCAAAGGGACAGAACCAAUUUUCCACUUUACAGAGGUGUCCGUAUUAUAGAGGCAGGGAGUAUGAUUUUUGGCAUUUCUUGGACCAAAUGAACUGUCCAUAGUAGGGAGGUGUUAGUAAGGAGAGGUUAGACUGUAUUGGUAUUGUUGGAGAAAACUAUUGUUGGUCACUCUUGGGAGUUAAAGGGUAACAUUUUGCUGUUAUAAUUCCAUCUUUAAAUGUAAAGUUUAACGAUUACCUGUAUAGUAGGGAUUUGUUAACAUAAUUUAUGCAGAUUUAUUAUCUUAAUGGAUUUGUACUUAUUUUCAAAUGGCCUUUACGUAAUGAAGUUUUCAACUUGUAAAAACUACCAUAGAUGAAAAUGAAUGGAUUGUUUGCCAGCUUGAUCUUCGUUUUUGUGUUUUCAGUCGAAAGGACAAGACGAUCAAGAAUGCUUACGUGGAGUGACUUACCAAAACUGAAAUGCAAAUCUGGCUCAUGUAUAUUCUUUUUUUCAGGUCCAAAGUUCUUUGGCCAUUAUUAUUGGUUAUUCUUCUGCCAAUGAAGUUAACUACUGGAUGUGGGUUUAGCUCAACAGCCAUCUUUGUAAACAAUUCAGUGCCCAGUGAGCUCCUAGCUUCUGCUAAUGGACUGGCAAUGACAGCUGCCGCAACAUGCAGGUAGAAAAUGGAAUCCCGUCUAGUUUCUGAAAAGAAUGUCACAAAUGAUACCAAAUGUAGACUGAAACAGGGACUGACUAUAAACUAACUGCCACCUGAUUAAUGCCAUAACAGUAACUCAGAAAAGAAUGUGUCUGGUGGCAUUUGAACUCUAAUAUUAAUAAUAAAUUAUUGUAAACACUGCUUUGAACUUUUACAGCCAUAAGCAUGCUGUGAUAGAGUGGAAAGGUGUAAGGUGCUUCUGGAACAACACUGUACAAAAUAGUAAAUUGCAGCUACAUGUAUUGAACAGUUUAUAGAUGAACCUCAUUAAUUCACUAAGUCCAAAGUUGAAUCCAGCAACUGACUUCCCAUAGGUAACUUUUUCUGUUCUUUUUUUAUCACACAGAGCCAUAGCACCAGUGAUUGUUGGAAGUUCUUUUGCAUGGUCAAUAAGUGAGGGCUUCAAGCUUGGAUUUCCACUAAAUGAACACUUUGCAUUUGUAAUACUGGUCAUUAUCACUGUGUUGAGCAUUCUGUUGAGCUGUUUACUUCCAGAAGGGCUAAACAGAAGAUAUGUAACAGCAGAAAGAGUGUGAUCACAAUCAGUGCAAGCUUCAAUACAGCAGCUCAGAAUGCAAAGAGAUGCCAGAGUUGGAUGUUAGAGCAGACUAAUAGGCAGCAUACAUUUUGUAUGCUGCCAAGUGUUUGCUUGACUGACACUUAAGCAGGUGCCUGAUUUGUUGAUCAGGGAAUGAUAACCAUUGGUAUUUUGUAAGUGUAAUGAUGUAAGGAUAAGAGCUACGAAUUUGUGAUGGACAUGUCAGUUUUGUUUUUGCUACAAGCCCUGAUUUUUCAGACAAUGGAUGGCACUUAAGCUGGAUUUCCACUUCUCUCUUGUGGGCUCAUUUCCCGAACAGCGGCUGGUAAUCAAGCCUAGAUCCACUGGAGAAAUCACUAUCCAGUGGAUAAGUUUUAGGGAAAACCAAUAUUGUGUUAUCCAUUGAAUAGAGAUUUACCCAGUGUUUAGCAAUAUCCACCUUUCUAACAACUGGAACCAGCAGGGAUUUAUUCCGUAGCUUUUGUAAUAAUUAAUAACAUCAAAUAAGUUAGGCUUGAAAAAGUCUUAACAGUGACUGCACCACCUUCAGUUGCUAUAUAACUGAGAGAAUAGUGCAAAGAUGAAAAUGUUAACUCAGCAUGCUUUUAAUGCAUUAGUUUUUCUAUUAUCUAGACAAAUAUUUUUGAAGACAAUUUAUUGAACCGGUGUAGUUUUAUGUGUUUGAUUUAGCAUACCGGUAAAUCAAAGUUAAAUAAGUCAACAAUUUUAUAAUUGCAAUUUCUUAAGACAGGCACACCAUACAUGUCACUGGGUAUAUGUUAGAUGUCAAAAUUAAGUUCAGGUUAAACCCAUCACCAAUAGGUGGGUGUGGG